UAACAGGUGACACACAGACAGACAGUCAGACACACAGACAGAGGUCUGGUCUGGUCUCCCUCUCUCUCUCUCUCUCUCUCACUCUCUCCUUUCCUGCCCUCUGAAGUCGUCCUUUUUUUUGUGUGGAAUUAAAAUAUCCACCAACAGCGAUGGCCACAGCGAUUCUGCUCGGACAGAGGUUCCCAGAUUUCGAGGCUGAGACGACGGAGGGAACGAUACGGUUUCACGAAUGGUUGGGGAGUGCAUGGGGAAUUCUGUUCUCUCACCCGGCCGACUACACUCCGGUCUGCACCACUGAACUGGGCCGAGCAGCGAAGAUGAGUGACGAGUUUAAGAAACGCAAUGUGAAAAUGAUCGCUCUGUCAAUUGACAGCAUUGAGGAUCACAUUGGCUGGAGCAAGGAUAUCAACAGCUACAAUGAUUCAAAGCCUGAGAAGCUGCCAUUCCCCAUCAUUGCCGAUAAGAACAGGGAUUUGGCUGUGAAACUAGGCAUGUUAGAUCUUGAUGAAAAGAACAAGGAGGGACUACCAGUGACUGCUCGGGCUGUGUUUAUAAUUGGCCCUGAUAAGAAGCUGAAACUCUCUAUCCUUUACCCGGCCACUACUGGUAGGAACUUCGAUGAGAUUCUGAGAGUCAUUGACUCCCUGCAGCUGACCGAUACCAAGAAGGUUGCAACACCUGUAAACUGGAAGCAAGGUGACAUGUGCAUGGUUCUCCCCAGCAUUCCCAUGGAGGAAGCUACCAAGAUGUUUCCAAAAGGAGUUUCCACCAAGGAGCUGCCGUCGGGCAAAAACUACAUGCGUUACACAAAUAUUUCAACUUAGAUGUAAAACGGGUGACUGUUGGAUUUAAUCUGAAUUAAAACAUGUGCCUAGAAGAUCCAAUGGGAGGACACGUAGCAGGUUAAAAGCCUAGAGAGGAUUGGCAGUGGGGGGAGAACAUUUUCAGGAUUUGAGUGGAAAGUGCUUUUAUUUUAUUUGAGAGGUGUCGCAUAAUAAGAUCCUGCAAAGAACACUUGCAGUCAGGUUUAAUCCAAGCCUAGUUUUUGUGCCUGUCACCUGCCUCAGGUUGCGAAUCGUAGACCAAUUUAAAUGAGAGUUAUCUUUAAAUUGUAUUAGAGAUUGAUUGAUUGAUUGAUUGAUUGCCUUUAUAAAGUGCUUUAUAAACUU